AUGGUAAAACCUGGGACGUUUAGUGGAAUCAAAAAUCGAAGAAUAAAAAUUGCAUUGGUGCUAAGAGUGUUGUUUGUGUUGAGCUUUGUGGUUAUUUUGUUCAUCAACUCGUUGUUUGCUCCUUCUAACGAGAAUGACGUAGUCCAAAGGCCACGCCCUCGUCGCCACUUGCUGCAGAUUCUACAGGGUCAGGUGGAAGUAUUCGAGGCUAUUGACAACGGGGUUAUAGUAGACCCAACUCCGGAGACAAUCACAGAGUUUGUAGACACUAGCGAGCCACAGUGGUUUCCAGGACGCAAUUGUACACCAGCAGCAAUUUUUGAGUUUCCAUCGGAUGGAUUCACUCGCGAGGAUCGUCGACACGGUUGGAUUCUGGUGCAUUUACUAAUUGCGUGCUAUUGCUUUUGGCUGCUGGCUAUUGUCUGCGAUGAUUACUUUGUGCCAGCGAUUGAGUUGAUGUGUAAAAAGCUACAGGUAAAGGAAGAUGUUGCUGGGGCCACCUUCAUGGCUGCGGCCUCAUCCAGCCCUGAGUUGUUCAUCAAUUGUGUUGGAACUUUUGUAACGAAAGGCGACAUUGGAGUGGGAGCCGUGGUGGGCUCAGCUGUGUUCAAUAUUUUGGCAGUGCCGGCAGUUUGUGGAUUAUUUGGUGGACAGGUGGUACAGCUAAGAUGGUGGCCUGUGACACGCGAUUCUAUGAUGUACGGUAUAGCCGUUAUCGGUCUGAUCACGGUACUAUCGGAUGGAAAGGUCAUGUGGUACGAAGCAUUAAUACUGGUUUCCGCGUACAUCUUCUACAUUACAGCAAUGUACUGCAAUGAUUCCAUCAGUCGGUUUAUGUCACGAACAUGUCGUCGGAAGUCUUGCGUCCGACCGUACACGGAAGUAACUGAGAUAUCUCCUUUACUGUCGAAUGGACAGACUGGGGCAAAUGGAGUUGUUAAAAAUGGUCACGCACCGCAAUCUUCUGAUAGCGCAGCCAGUGACGACAGCUUUGAAGAUUUCGAACUAGCAUCAACUCCGUGGGAUCGACGGGAGGAAAAUACGCUGGCAUACAUCUGCCGUUGGCCAAUUACGUUUUUCCUGUGGGUGACCAUUCCGGACUGCCGUCGGUAUCCGAAGCUUCGAAUACUAACGUUCUUCGCGUGCAUCUUUUGGAUCGGUAUUACGUCCUACUUUGUAGCGUUCUUAAUCACCGUUGUAGGUGACACCAUCGAUAUACCAGACUCUGUGAUGGGUCUCACGUUCCUAGCGGCCGGUACCAGCGUUCCGGAAGCGGUGUCCAGUAUUAUCGUUACUAACCAAGGCCACGGGGAAAUGGGCAUCAGCAAUUCGAUCGGGUCCAACACCUUCGAUAUACUGCUUUGUUUGGGACUUCCGUGGUUGAUUAAGUCGCUUGCCUUUCCCGCGAUUCCCGGAAACCAAUGGGUUGCCCUGAACUCGACUGGUUUGACAUACUCAGCGAUAUCACUGUUAUCAACCUUGUGUGGGCUUUAUAUCGCCUUCUGGUUCAACCGAUUCAAACUAGAUUGGAAAGUUGGGCUCACGUGUCUGACGAUGUAUAUCGCCUUCCUAACGGUAUCCAGUUUAAUCGAGCUUAACGUAUUCUUUCAAGUCAAUCUUCCAACCUGUAUUCAUUGA